GUAUGUAUAAUUCAAAAAAAAAGAAAAAACAUUAUUAUUUCCAUUCGAUGGGUGAUUUCCCGUCAACCGAACCCAGGAGGGGGUGGCGCCGCGCUUUCUUAUGUCAAUAAAAAUUCCAAGUUGUCCAUUCCGUGGACUUCUGAAUUUAAAUCUACAAAAUUUGAGAGAAGAAAGAGACAGCACGUGCGAUUGAAGUUUCAAAGACGCAGGGGUUCUACGUGGAAAUUCUUCUUCCAUUUAACAUAUGCAAUUAUCCAGCUUAAUUAUUUAGUUGGCGAAUUUUUCACGCCUUCCUAUGGUUCUAUUAACUAUAUAAUUAACGGUUUGAUGUCCAGGAAUGAUAGCAGAGUUUACGGAAAUAGUAAACAAAGAGAAGCAAAGAACAAUAGCAUGGAAAUAUAACGGUCAUUAAAAGCGGGGGUGGAGAGAAAGGAAUAUAUCGAUCUCAAUCGUACGGAAAUAGUUCGCUUUUCGUCAUUUUACACAGUUUGCAAGGUGAAAGUCUGUGCUUCUACACACUGAUCUUUAAUUUACAAUAUAGAGAAUGUCUGUAUAUAUACAUAACUAAAGAGAGCAUUUUAUAACAUAUAAUGUAGACACGCGUCUUUUAUCGUUUGCGUGACCUGGCGGAAGUUUUAGAAAAGGAGAAACGUUUCAAAGAAUUUACCGGAUAUAGCAAUUUGUACGUCUAUAAAAUGACAGACGUUCUAAUUUUCCUGCUGUCUCUACAUCCUUAGAAACUUGAAACGGCUAACAUUUGAAUGACUAGCCCCAUUGGGAUCGGAAACGAAUUAUCUUUGCCGCACCAUAUACAAAUCUAUUGCUUAUUUAGGUUCUUUUAGCUCAAAUCUCCUGCCAAAGUUUUCUCUGAGACGUCUUCUUCGGUACAAAAUUUGUUUACAUAAAUUACAACGAAGUUACUAUUUACAGACAAAAGUAAUGUUUGAUUUAUAUUCGGACAUCUCUGAUUGGGUAGAAAUAUACAUCACGUGGUACCAAACGAAUGAUGAUUGGUCAGAGGAUGUCAAGCAUCACUGCCAAUUAUAUUGGAAUAGAAAUAAAGUGACAUUCGAGAUGUUUAAACUAUUGAAGAAUGUCCAGAGUCGUUGCUGAUAUAAGCCGAACACAUCGAAUGGAUUCGGCCUCAUCAGGUCAAGGUCACUACUUAAGUUCAGAGAAUCCUCGCGUUCUCAAUCAAUUCGUAGCGAGUGCUCCUUCAACCGCCAUGUGUCUAUCCUUAAAUUUUCGCUGGCCGCUAGUUCUGCCUCAUUUUAGACCUCCCUAUCUACCACCAACUCCCAUGCCACACUUAACUUCUCCUUUCUUCCCGGUCUUUAAUGCUCAUUCGAAGAAAUUAUAUAAUUGUCAGUUAUGCAGAUAUGUUACCGAUCGAAAGAAUAAUCUUAAGCGGCACGUUUCUACAAUGCAUCAAAGUUGUGACAAACUACUGGAAUGCUGCAACGUUUCCUUUAAAAAUAAAGCUGCGCUUAGGGAUCACGUCCUUAUCUUCCAUUCAAAUGGAUAUAUGUGCCGUUUUUGCGGGCGAAAUUUUUGUCGUAAAGCACUAUUAAAAAGACACCUAGCCGUCCAUAGUGGGAAAAAAGAUUUCACAUGUACCCAAUGCGAUUACGCUACAUCUCACAAAUCAAAUUUAGAACGGCAUAAGAAAGUUCACGAAAGGCAUUCUCACAAAGAAGAAAUACAAGAGGUAAAAAAAGAAGAAUCUAGUGAAGCUGAAGAAGAAGAGGAGGAAGAAGAUGAAAUAGACGAAGAAGACGAAGAGGAGGAUGAAGAAGGAGAACCUGAGUGUAUUAUUGAUGUUGGGUAGUAGAAACGUUUUGUUUAAAUCAAGUAGAGUGAAGAGGAGGAGCAAGAGUCUUACCCUAAUUUAUAAGCACUGUAAAGACGUGCACAUAUAUUUAUUAUACUGUAGAAUACACAGUAUAUUUUAAAUGUACCGUCUACCGUUCCAAUUUCUCGGUAGUCUUCUUAUUUAUAAUACUAGAAGGAAAGAAACCAUUUUAGGCAUGCUUUGUUGUAAAAAUUCAGUGUUCUAAGCAAAAAAAGAGUCUUGUCUAAUCUGUAUAUUCCGUACUUGAAUUGUGAAUUCUCGAAGAAGAAAAAGAAGAAAAAAAGUGCGUGUUUAGGUGUUAAUGUUCCAUUCUUUUAAAUGUAUUUUCGUGAUUGUCAUCUCUCUCUCUCUCUCUCUCUCUCUCUCUCUCUCUCUCUCU